AUGACACCCGAGGUUCAGGGGAUGAUACAGGCUACUGGAUUGAGUCACUUGCCUGAUAUCAUGUUUGAUCAUUUGGACCAGCCGUUGAUCUGUGCGUUUGUCGAGAGGUGGCAGCCCGAUACAAACUCUUUCCACCUCCCUUUUGGAGAGAUGAGUAUCUUGCUACACGAUGUCAGUUCUAUCCUCCAUAUCCCAUCAUAUGGAUGGAUUACAGGUGACUUUGGUUCAUGGGAUGACGUGAAGAGUGCAUGUGCAGAGCUAUUUGGGAUGGAGAGAAUCGCCUUUUUGAAGGCGCAUUGGUCCGGUGGUGGUGUAUUCAUUGAUUCUUUGAUACAGAGAUGUUCUGCUCCCGAUCAGAGUCCGACCCACCAGUUUCGAGGUUAUAUGCUAACCCUCCUUGGUGCCACUCUAUUCGUUGAUAAGAGUGGUAACCGAGUCCGUCCUUGCCCACUGUCGUUUAUGUCCUAUAUCCCACAUGAUGUGAGGCGGUAUUCUUGGGGUGCAAUUACACUAGCCAAUUUAUACAGGCAACUUGGCAUAGCUAGUCGUGCUGAUUCAGCCUAG